CGGACCGUGAAUGGCUCCACCUGCUGAGCUUGGGCUCAGUGAUUGACGUAAGAACCUAGGAAUAGUUCUGCGCUUCCCGUAUUCUGCUAUGAGAGUCCCGCAAUGUUUUUGGCAUGUAUAUCGAGAUGUUUCCUGGUGAAGCUGGUCUAGUGCCGCUCGCACGGUUCUCGAAUCGAGGGUUCGAUGAUCGUAUCUCACGCCAUCCCACCCGUUGCUACCGCACGCUUCGCGAACUCUCCGCGGGUGGAUGGCCUCGCGCAAUCUUUUCGCGGGUGGGGGCCGAAUUGGGCAUGGACUUGUACGCCACCGCUCGGGAGGAAGGUCGUGCAUUGCAGAAUCGCCCAGAGCUGGAGAGAUGGCGGCUGGGCGUAUCCGAUCUGCAGCGGCAUGUCACUGACUCUGCGUGCGUCGUGGAGCUUGUAUUGGCGAGCGUACCGUCGUCUAGGCAGCUGGGAUUUGGAUCCUUCAACAGCAAACAAACAACAAACAAAAUGACCUGUCCAUACGUGCUGUUUCUCCAGUCCAUAAUCCCGCAGAAAUACAUGCACAUGCUCCACCACCGCACAGAUCGACUGUAGAUCGCCCUCUCCAACUCUCGCCUAUCCCACUACUCCCGCCCCAGCCCAACACCACCCGCCAUACCACACCACUCCGUUCAGCCGUCGUCUUCCACGCAGGCAUGCCACACGUCCUGCUCCUCGG